AUGACACCUUGGCCCUGUUUCAUUAUUACAAAAAUAGCAUACCCGGGGUCUCAUAAAGACAAUCCUCCUAGCCAUUAUUACGAAAAUAACACAUCUGGAUCUAAAAAUAAAAACACUGCGGAAAUAGUACAAGGGCAUAGUAUAGAUCUAGCAGAUAAUGCAGGAGGUCUACCAACAGGAAGAGAUCAGGCAAUAGGAUAUUUAAGAGGCUGUAUGAAAGGAAGAACUUUAGAAUGGUUCAAUGAUGAGAUUACUACAAAGCAAAAUUGGGAAUUAACUAAUCUAACUGAUAGUACAGGACAAGCCAAUUUAGUAGCAGUAAAUGGACACAAUGCUGAUCAGAUAGAUGCUGAUGGUUUAAAUGAGAUACUUGGACAACCUGAAAAUUAA